CUCAGAAGUGCAAUAUUACGAAAAAAUUGGAAUAUGGCAAAGAAAAAGCAAUCGGAUGCAGAGCCUAAACAGAAUUAUUUACAACAAAUUUGGCACUUUCGCCGUUAUAUGGUUAUCGAGCCGUUCUUCUUCUUCUACUUUAUGGCCUCCGUUCUCAACCAGGUGGCGCUGCAAAAUUUCCCGCUGGAAAAGGCGUGUCGCGUUAAUCUAGGCUAUAGCAAAGCCAUCUGUACCUCCAUGCUGGACAAAUCUGUGUUAGGUAUCGAGUGCGAUAAUUUCAACUUUGAGAACACGACAAAUGGCGCCACGCCGGAGCAGGGUCUGCUGGGCAUCGAUGCGACGGGCUUUAAUUACACGGUUUGCAAGGCGGAAGUGGAGGUCCACAAACUUUCAGCAGAUGUAUCGGGAAAGCGUGCACCCAUUGAAGUAAAUCUUACAACUAAUAUAUUUAAUUUUUACUGUUCUUUUCCCAUUUGUACAGCCGCCAUGUUCCCACUGAUCGUGCUGCUCUUCGCUGGAGGCUGGUCGGACAGAUAUAAUAAGCGCAAGCCAUGCAUGAUACUGCCCGUUGUGGGCGAGGCGCUGGGAUUUACCUGUCUGCUCAUCUCGGCUAUAUUCUUCGAUAGCCUGCCCAUGGAGUUUGGCAUGUACCUGGAGGCGAUUGUGCCCUCGCUUUGUGGUAGUAUGACCUUCUGUUUGAUGGCCAUAUAUAGCUAUAUUACCAUUGCCACGCCCGAGGAGGACCGCGUCUUUCGCUUCGGCAUCUUUGCCAUGUUUACGAACGGUGCACCCCUUCUAGGCGUAUUUAGUGGAGUGCUCUUCAACACAUUUGGUUAUAUAAUUUCAUUCGCCUAUGCCGUUGUCUUUCAAAUUAUUGCCAUACUCUACAUCAUCUUUUUUAUCAAGGAGAUUAAGCCGGCGCCUAAAAAGCCCGAGGAAUCGUUCGGCGCAGACUCGGUAGCCAGUCAGCUGCAGCAUGCGGCUUGUAACAUGGUCUUUGCGACGACCAAUCUGGAUGAGCUGACCGUCAAUAAGAAUGUCAACUUUCAACAGACGCCGCACUUGGAGCCACCCAAGGUGGAGCCACCGCCCGUGCCAGCACGCCGUUCCUUGCUAAAGGAACUCUUUGAUCCCACGCUGGUGGUGGAUUGUCUCCGGUUUCCCCUUGUCAAGCGUAAGAAUAAAGGACGCUUUUUAUUGAUUCUGCUGAUUUUGGCUUAUUUCUUGACGGCGGGACCUGCCACCGGAGAAAACGACUAUUGGUAUCGCUACACAUUGAAGAAGCUGAACUGGAAUGGCAACGACUUCAGCAUCUAUUCGACCAUCUCUAGCCUAGCGGCACUGGUGGGCACCUUUAUUGGCACCGCUAUUCUGAGCAAAAUGUUGCAAUUUUCGGACUCGGCAAUUGGCACAGUCUCCGCCCUGUCUACUGUCGGCUCCCACGUCUUGUUUGCCUUGGCCACAAGCAGCACUUCCUUCUAUGUGGCCGUCGCGAUGGACAUGUUUAUUAGUCUGCGCGUGAUUGCGAUCAAAGCAAUUGGUUCCACUAUUGUUGAUGGAGACGAGCUAAGCAAAAUGUAUUCCAUCUUUGGCAUCAGUGAACCAAUUAGCCAGUUCAUAUUCCCGCCCAUCUACAGUGAGAUUUAUCAAAGGACUGUGGACAAAUUUCCAGGAGCCAUCUUUUUGUUUGGCGAAAUCUUUUAUGUCCCCAACGUGCUGGUCUUUGUACUCUGCUAUUUCUUGAUGCGUCGUCGCAAGUCCAAGGAGCAGAAAAAUGCCAUCGAGUUGGCACAAAAUAAGGAGAGCAACGGGCAGACGAAUCCCGCCAAUGGCACCGAGAUUACUCGUCUUUAAACCAAUUAUAUAUAGAACUAUAAAACAAUCUACUUUUGUUAUAUACAACUGCAAGAGCCAAGUUUAGAUCUGAUUCUAAAUAUAACCUAUGUGUAAGCCA